AAGGCUUAACGCACACAUAGCCAAACCAUGAAUAACAUUUAGCUGCAUAUAUUUAAACAGGUAUGCGUGCACUACUAGCCAAGAGUGGACGACGUGACUAUAGCAGUGGCGAUCAUGGCUGCAGAAAAUCCUUUUAAGCAUUUACUACAGUCGAUAGAAGUAGGAGGAAAGGAGAAACAAUUUUUCAACGUUGCUUCUUUUGGUGAAAAAUAUGAUAGGUUACCAUUUUCAAUACGAGUGCUUCUUGAAAGUGCCGUUAGAAAUUGUGAUGAAUUUCAAAUAAAAACAAGUGACGUUGAAAAAAUUUUGGACUGGAAAAAAAAUCAAGCCCUACAGGAUGGUGUGGAAGUAUCGUUCAAGCCUGCCAGAGUGAUCCUUCAGGAUUUUACAGGUGUGCCCGCUGUUGUUGAUUUUGCUGCGAUGAGAGAUGCUGUCAAAAGACUUAAUGGAAAUCCUGAUAAAAUCAAUCCUGUUUGUCCUUCCGAUUUAGUUAUUGAUCAUUCCGUACAAGUAGAUUUUACAAGAAGUGAAGAUGCUAGCAAAAAGAAUGAAGAAUUAGAAUUUGAGAGAAACAAGGAACGAUUUAUGUUUUUAAAAUGGGGUGCCAAUGCUUUUAAAAAUAUGUUGAUUGUACCACCUGGAAGUGGAAUAGUUCAUCAAGUUAAUUUGGAAUAUUUAGCUAGAGUUGUUUUUGACAUGAACGAUUAUUUAUUUCCUGACAGUGUAGUGGGAACUGAUUCACAUACCACUAUGAUAAAUGGUUUAGGUGUUCUUGGUUGGGGAGUAGGGGGAAUCGAAGCUGAAGCAGUUAUGCUAAGUCAAGCUAUAUCUAUGCUUCUUCCUAAAGUAGUUGGCUAUAAAUUAGUUGGAGAAUUAAAUCAAUAUGUCACAUCCACAGAUCUUGUAUUAACAAUCACCAAGAAUCUACGACAACUUGGUGUUGUUGGAAAAUUUGUCGAAUUUUUUGGUCCCGGUGUAUCCCAGCUAAGUAUUGCAGAUCGAGCUACUAUUUCAAAUAUGUGUCCCGAAUAUGGUGCAACUGUUGGUUUCUUUCCCGUUGACCAACAAAGUUUAAUUUACCUUCGCCAAACAAAUCGAUCUGAAGAACACAUUGAAAGAAUCGAAAAGUAUCUUAAAGCUGUCAGGAUGAUUCGGAAUUAUGAUGAUCCAAAUCAAGACCCUGUUUUUUCGGAAGUCGUGACUUUGAACCUUGAAACGGUCGUUUCCAGUGUCAGUGGACCAAAGAGGCCUCACGAUAGAGUAUCUGUUGUUGACAUGAAGAAGGACUUCAACUCCUGCUUGACAAAUAAAGUAGGAUUCAAAGGUUACGGGCUAAACCCAGAGAAGGUCAAGGCCGAGGGAACUUUCAAUUUCGAAGGAAAAUAUUAUAAACUACGGCACGGAUCUGUGGUCAUUGCUGCUAUCACCAGCUGCACCAACACUAGCAACCCCAGUGUGAUGCUUGGCGCAGGAUUGCUUGCUAAAAAGGCAGUAGAUGCUGGUCUUACGGUCGCACCGUAUAUCAAAACAUCCCUAUCUCCAGGAUCAGGAGUUGUCACGUAUUAUCUGAAGGAGAGUGGUGUUUGUUUAGCUCUCACUCAACUUGGUUUUGAUAACGUCGGUUAUGGUUGCAUGACUUGUAUCGGUAACAGUGGACCGCUUUCCGACUCUAUGGUCGAGGUCAUCGAAAAGAAUGAAUUAAUUUGCUGCGGUGUAUUAUCUGGAAAUCGAAAUUUUGAAGGCAGGAUUCAUCCUAAUACUAGAGCUAAUUAUUUGGCUUCCCCUCUUUUAGUUAUUGCUUACGCAAUUGCUGGGACUGUUGACAUUGACUUUGAAACCGAACCUUUAGGCUUUAAAGCAGAUGGCAGCGAAAUUUAUUUGCGUGACAUUUGGCCAACUCGUUCGGAAAUUCAAGCUGUCGAACAGAAAUAUGUAAUACCAGCCAUGUUUAAGGAGGUGUACGAAAAAAUUGAGCGCGGAAGCAAUAAUUGGGCAAGUCUUGUUGCACCAAAUGGCAAACUCUAUCCAUGGGAUGAACAAUCGACUUACAUUAAACGUCCUCCGUAUUUCGAAGCUCUAGAAAAGGAACUAGUUCCUAUUAAACCAAUUAAAAAUGCUCGGGUACUACUUAAUCUUGGAGAUUCUGUAACAACAGAUCAUAUAAGCCCUGCUGGAAGCAUAGCACGUAAUUCUGCUGCUGCGAGAUAUCUAUCUAAGAGAGGAUUGAAUCCAAAAGAUUUUAAUUCAUAUGGAUCUCGACGAGGAAAUGAUGCAGUUAUGGCUCGUGGCACUUUCGCCAAUAUUCGAUUAGUAAAUAAAUUCAUUGGCAAAGCUGGGCCUCGAACAAUAUACAUUCCUACAAAUGAAGAAAUGGACGUGUAUGAUGCAGCAGAAAAAUAUGCAAAUGACAAUAUGACGCUGAUUGCACUUGUGGGGAAAGAAUAUGGUUCGGGUUCUUCACGAGACUGGGCCGCAAAAGGUCCCUUUCUUCUAGGUAUUAGGGCGGUCAUCGCCGAAUCCUACGAACGCAUUCAUCGCUCGAAUUUGGUCGGUAUGGGUAUUAUACCAUUGCAGUAUUUGCCAGGUGAUACGGCUGACAGUUUGGGGCUUACUGGUUACGAAAUCUUUGAUAUCGAUAUACCACAAAACUGUCAGCCCGGGCAGAGAAUAUGCGUAAAGACGAACAAAGGUCACAGUUUUGAUGUCAUUAUUAGAUUUGACACCGAGGUAGAUCUUACAUAUUACAAAAAUGGAGGCAUCUUGCAAUACAUGAUACGCAAAAUGAUUUGAGAACACAUGAACUAUCUAUGUUACGUUCAAGGAACAAUUGCAUGCUACUGAACCUUCUGUCACUCUCGUGUUAUGUAAAUUGAAGGGUAGGGGGUGUACAAUGAUUGAAUACCAAUGCUGAAGUACCUGUUGGAGUUUUCUACUUUAAAUGGUUUUGGGUGAACAGUAGAUUAGUCACUAUCAAUUUAUAUAUUUGUUUAUUUAUAAAAAUAAAGCAUCUUAGUCCUUUAUAAAGAAAUUUUAUAUAUUUUAUACUUAAAUGUUAGUGAAAAGAAGUCUCUAAACAUGAAUGGUGGACUAUAUUAUGUUUUAUUGAAAUCAUUUUAUUAUAGAU